UGCCCACAUGCAGGAACGCCCUGAAUCCCGGGACGCAAUCACACACUAUUUGGACAGACUGUCCUAAAUAAAUUUGGGGCAGACUCAGAAGUGGCAUAAUGCUGAUGAAAUAACCAAGGGAGCUUUACGGAUCCAUUAUAACAUGGUCUGCUGGGAUGGCUUCUAAGCUCAUGGACAGACUGCGACGGACACUGUUCAAAGAAGGAGAAGUAGUCUCUAAGGAGCCAAUUGAUGUAACAGAGGAACGUUUCCCAGAGAGUUCUGAGUUGGAGGACGAUACAGAGUGUCUCUCAGAGCGGCUUGGGGGAACACUCUGCUUCGAUGGGGAGAGCGCCCUGGAAUCCGAAGACCCAGGUGAGGCCUCAGGACCAGACAGUGACUCAGACUACCUUGGAGAGUCCAUAGAGGAUGGAUUCAGCAGCACAGACACCAGCCCAGUGGGCCCGUCUCCUGGAGGCUCAUCCCUGCUCACACGUCAGCUGCAGGAUAGCUGGAGGAGCUUAAGAUUCCGCAGUGUUCCUCAGAAGCUGGUGUUUGAAGUGACUGAUGCCAGUGUGGUGCAAGAGAGCUCCUCCAAGUAUGUGCUCUACACCAUCCAUUUGAUCCAGUCUGGAAUGUUUGACGAAAUCCCUGCCGCCAUCACCCGGCGAUACACAGACUUUAAGCGCCUGCACAGCUGCCUUCGCCGCCGUCACAGGGACAACAUGGAGCGCGUUGGUUUCCCCCGCAAGAAGCUGCGUAAAAACUUUGUGGCUGAGACCAUCGCCAAGCGGAGCCGGGCGUUUGAGCAGUACCUGACCCACAUGCACUCGCUGGCUGAGCUGCGGCGCUCACCCACCUUCCUGGAGUUCUUCUACUUGGGUGACCUGCAGGCUGGCCAGAUGCUGAUGCGUGUGGGCCGUUACCAGGAGGCCUUGGGCCCUCUGCUCAAUGGCCUGAGGCUCCAGGAGAAGCUAGGCUGUGAGGAGCAGGGAAAGCAGCAGCCCCAUCACCAGCAGGGCACCCACUGGCUCUUCACCCUGUUGGCCCUGGUGACCUGCUUCCAGGAGCUGGAGCAGCUGGGGGAGGCCCAGGAGCACUGUGACCGAGCCCUGAGGGACCUGGCCCCCUCACCGGAGGCCCUGCAGCAGCACCACUUUCACCCACUGCUCAUUCCUCUUCUCCAGACCAACGUCAGACUGUCAUGGAAGAUCUCUAAGGAUAAGCGGCAGUGGGAAGUGCUGCUUCAGGAGAUCCAGGACUCUGGGGCUGAUACAGGGAACCAACCCAGCCUGAAGGAGUACCUGAUAAAGGAGACCCUGGUGGAGAGCGAGGGAGACACUAAGGCCAAGCUCAAACGGGAGAAGGCCACUUAACCCAAAGAUAAUGGUGCUCAUAGUUAUGAGGAAAGCAUUUCAUGUAACCUGGUAAUGAGGGAUUUGGUCUCUAGUCUCUUGACAUGCAUUUCCCACAGCACUCAGUCUGAACUGUUAGACAUUCUAAUGAAUACACUCUACCUACCAAGUCAUGCACAAAUAGCAGAAAACAAUGGCAUGUUAUAAUUGUCUAUAAAGUUCAAAUUAUUUGCUUGAUUGUUUUACCUUGUAAAUUGUAGACAAGUCAUUUUUAAUCACAUUUAUGAUACAGCUGCUUGGAAAUAACUUUGUAUUAAAUGUGUAUUUUUCCAGAUGUUAAAAUAGGCCACUAUUUCAAAAAUACUCCUGCUUUUUAAAACCUUUUCAAUUAUGCCAUUCACUCUUAUUGAGAUUAACUUUAGGAUGACAAAAGGAUAGAACAUGAAUUUAAGUUUGCGCAAGUUAGUCAUUUUCUUGUUUACACAUUAA